AUGCGUCAAAACGUGCCACGGCUAAUCCUGGCCUAUGACAAUGGAUGUAUUCUAAUUUUCAGUGGAUGUAGAAGAGUACUUCCCACCUCGGACUCCGAGGCUGCGGUGUUGGAAUCCGCCCUCAGCCAAGACACAAGCAAGUCCCUGUACCCGCCGGCAGUGGACAACCCCUUCAUACAGCAGACGCACAUCAGCGCGUGGCGCUGGGCCUACAUCGUCCUCGUGGGGGCUGUGCUGGUGCCGGUGCGGGUGUCCUGCAUCGCCGUCCUCUUCAUCUUCCUCUGGCCCGUGGCUGCGCUUUCCACCAUAGGCAGUCGUGCUCGACCAACCAAGCCCGCCAGGAGUUGGAGAAGAAGACUGGUGCAACCAACCCUCAAGUUCUUGUUUCAGGUGACUUUUUUUUUAGCAGGGUUCCUGGUUAAAGGGAAAGGGAAAAAGGCAACCCGAGACGAGGCCCGCAUCUUCGUUGCAGCACCGCACUCCAGUUUCUUUGACGCAGUCGCCUGUGUUGUGGCAGGGUUCCCCUCGGUGGUCUCCGUGAGUCAAUAUGUGCGUAUCCUGGCUGGGAAAUUCUUACUGUCAACGCAGCCGGUGCUUGUGACCUGAGAUGACCCCAAUUCGAGGAAGAAUACCCGGGAGGAAAUCCUGAGGAGAGUGACAUCUGAUAGGAAGUGGCCACAGAUCCUGAUUUUCCUGGAAGGAGUGUGUACCAACCGCAGCUGUCUGGUCACCUUUAAACUAGGGGCCUUCGCUCCAGGUGUUCCUGUGCAGCCAGUGCUGCUCAGGUACCCAAACACCCUGGACACCGUGACCUGGACCUGGCAGGGGUUUACAGGCUUCCAGACCUGUAUAUUGACCCUGAGUCAACUCUUCACCAGGGUAGAAGUUGAGUUUAUGCCUGUUUACAUCCCAAAUGACCGAGAAAAAAAAGACUCCAUCCUUUUUGCCAAUACAGUGAGGACCAUCAUGGCCAAUGCUCUUGGGGUGCCUGUGACAGAUCACACUUAUGAAGAUUGCAGACUGAUGAUUUCUGCAGGCACCCAUGAAAACUGAGGCUUCUGCUUACUGUUGUGUACCUCCUUCACUAUCCAUGGACUUCCAGCAUCAUUUGCU